AUGCCCGUCCCUGCCUCGCUCCUCGUCUCGUCGGCGCUCUGCGUCGGCGCGUCGGCGUGCGCGUCGACGGGCCUCGCGUUCCACGCCACGUUCGCCGCCUCCGUCGUCUUCAUGCUGCGCGCGCUGUCCCCGGAGCUCGUCGACGGCUUCUUCGGCCGCGUGGACGCCCGCGCGCGCCGAGAUUCGCGCCUCGUCCGCUCCGCCGUCGGGUCUCUGAGGGACGGGGCGCGCGCCAGCCCCACGAUCGCGCCCAUCUACGCCCGCGCCGAGGAGCGCUUCCGCCGCGCCCACGCGUCCGUCGCGGGCGCGAUCGACGGCCUGGAUAGGAGCGCGAGGGCGAAGCUCGGCGCCGCCGCGGACGCGGCGUUCCUCGGGCUCCGCGUGGCCGCGGGCGUGAUCAAUCUGGCGGCGACAUUGCUGAUCCCCCUCGCUCUCCAGGAGGCGAAAAUCCGAGCGCCGUCGGUUCUGAGAUGGACGGGCGUGAAGCAGAUCCGAGUCAGGCCGCCGCCCGGGUCCGGCUCCAAGCGGGACACCACGUUGCUCGUCCUCUGGUGUUCGGCGAUCUUCAUGUACUGCGCGCAGCUUCUCGUCCUCAACACCCUCUGCAGCGGCAUCACGACGUUCGCCGCGUGCUUCUCGUGCUUCGCCGCGCUGUGUGGCUUCGCGCUCUUGGAAGCCGAACGGGUCUACCUGUGGGAUUCCUACGCCCUUGACACCAAAGGAAGCAGCAAAAGCACGGCCAACGCCGCAGGAGGAGCCACGGAGAUGGAUCACGCCACGCGGGAUGCCUGGAAGAGCCUCUGGAUGCAGAUCAUCGUGGCGCACUUCAGCGACGCCUGCUCCCUCGGCUUCGUGCUGGGCAAGCGGCCGCUGGCGCUCGCGUCCUUGGCCGUCUUCAACCUCGCGGCGCUGAAAGCAGCCAGGCGGGCUUACCCGGCGCCGGACGACGACGGCGGAGCGCGCGGGGGCGUGAACGAGUGGCACCGCGCCGCGGCGACGGUGGUCGCGAUAGACGUCGCCAAGGUCGUUGCCACGUACGUCGUGAUCGAUUUCCACCUGGGCGCGCUGUGCUUUGCCACGCUCUGCUUCAAGGUGGCAUUGAUGGUGUUCCACGCGGUUAGCUCAUCGGAUGCCGGUGCUUCGGGGUCGGGGGAUGAAGACAUCCCGGUGGAGGGUGCUGGUCUUGCCGAGGACGUCGCCGGGAAUGCCGGUGCCUUCGGGUCUGGGGGCGAUGACAUCCCGGUGGAGGGUGCCGGUCUCGCCGGUGAUGCGGAGGGCUCUGACGAUGCUAUUACAGAGGAUUCGAGUCCUAUUGGUGCCAGCGUCCACGAAGAGGAAGGCUCGCCCGCGGAGGAGCAGUCAGAUGUGUCAGAUUCAGAGGAGCAGCGUUGCGAAGAAUCAGACCACAGCAGUACCAGCAGCAUGGACGACUGGAGUUUGGUAGGCGCCGAUCCGAUGAUGCCGGUUGAUGUUAACGGUGGUAUCAGUCGGAGGUUCAGGUUCUUGACAUAAGAUGCGAUCCAGCGAUUUAUUAAACAUAUUCAAAACAUCGGAUUUUUUUUGAGGGAAAAAACAUCGGAAAUUUGUCUUAUGAAUGAAACGAUAGAGAAUUUUGUAGCUUUUAUUUUU